AUGGGGAAAUCCAAAGAAAUAGUUUCAUGCUCAUCAUUCCCAAAGUUUGACACAGAAAGCACAAUAAUUGGCACAGGGAGCCAUUAUUGCAAUGACCCUGGGCCUGGUGUCUGGACUGCAGCUGAGGGUGGUCCAUACAAUUUUCCCCAUGGCAGAAAUUUCCAAAGUGGAUACAGUUCAAUCGAAGAUGAUGCUAGGCCUGUGCAGCAAAAUGUUCUGCCGGAGGUGAAUUUAGAAAAUGUUCUGAAAGGGGUGAUUGCAAUAAUAACUGGAAAAAAUAGGACCACCUCUCAUAAUGGAGCUCAGGGUGGUGCUGACUCAAAUGUGUCAUUCCUGGAAUCUAGUAAAGACGGAGAUAGCUUCUUGCAUUCCUCUGUGUAUGCACCAAGUGCACCUUCGCUGCAUGAGGCAGAGGCUCUCAAAUUCUGCGACUAUAAAGAAGUUCUGCUAGCAGAGCCACCAGAAUGGCUGCCAGAUAGCCAUUCUUCCACUUGCAUGCAGUGUGGUUCCCCAUUCAAGGCCCUAACGCGUGGGAGGCAUCAUUGCCGCUUUUGUGGUGGUAUUUUCUGCCGGGCCUGCACCAAAGGAAGAUGCUUGAUGCCUGUUAAGUUCCGGCAGAGAGAACCACAGAGGGUGUGUGACAACUGCUAUGACCGACUCGAGCCAUUGCAGGAUAUCCUGAUAAAAUCCAUGAGUAAUGCAAUGCAGACUGCAAAACACGAUGUUAUGGACUGGACCUGUUCUAGGGGGUGGUUAAACCUGCCUAUCGGUUUAUCAAUGGAAUAUGAAAUUUACAAGGCAUCAAACUCGUUAAGGAGUUAUUGCCAGGUAUUUCUCUUUUAUUAUCGAAUUAUAUUUUUUUAAAAUUCGAUUUGUAGAAGUCUUUUACUGAAACGCAUCCAUGCUGAGCGGACAUUUAUUAAAAAGUUUGCUUCCUUGACAAUGGGAACAUGCAGGUUUCUAGAUUGGAUCCUGAGAAAUCCAUCCCAGCGGCUGUCCUGAGAGGAGCAAAGGGACUUGCUAUCUUAACAGUGGCAAAAUUUGGUGCUGUCCUCACUUACAAAGUUGGUACUGGUUUGGUUGUUGCUCGGAGGUCAAAUGGUUCAUGGUCUGCACCGUCUGCUAUUCUCUCUGUUGGUUUAGGAUGGGGACCACAGGUGAUGUUAUUGCUUGUGCAUAGAAAGAAAAUUCUUUAAUUUUUUGUCUAAAAUCUUUGAAAAUAUCUGCAUGUUGGGCUAUAUUUCUCCAGUUCUGUGGGUUUAGCCGAUUUGAAUAGGCAAUUGAUGAGAAGUAUUUCAUAAUCUUGUUAGCUGAAAAACUUCUGUUCAGUUUAAAUACGAGAUAUAAAAACAUGUUGCCAUCCAAUCUACAAGAAAAACCCCGUUUCAACUACCAAAUUAGCGUGGCAUUUAUUGAUGUUCCUUGUUUACCUGAGACUUUAUGCGGUGGUAAGAAAUCUUUAGGAAUAAAUUAUUCUAUAGUACCUUAUCAAUGCUUAGUUUUUCUGAAUCAACUCCUCUCAAAAGUGUGUAUGAAUAUUUUAUGCUUUUGAGCAUAUGCACACUUUUAUCCCCAAUUUCUUUUUUUUUUCCUCCUACUUGGCUGGAUAUCUUUGACUAUUCUUUUUAGCUUUCCAACCUUUUCUAACUUGAUAGUAUUUUGACAUAAUUUUUCCCGUAUUAUAUCCCCAGAUUGGCGGUGAGCUAACGGAUUUUAUACUCGUGCUUCAUGGUUCGAAAGCCGUGAGGGCAUUUACCAGCCACAUGCAUUUUUCUCUUGGGGCUGGUUUGAGUGCUGCAGCAGGGCCUGUCGGAAGAGUUCUAGAGGCAGAUCUUCGGGCUGGAGAUCGAGGGUCUGGAAUGUGUUAUACGUACAGCUGCAGUAAAGGUAAAAACCCCCAAAUAUAUCAUAUCUCCAUUGAGUGCUAAUUCUUUUUAGCUGCCCGCCCCACAGGCAAUAUCUACUUCGGACCAAAGUGGUAUGAUUGUCUGCCUGUCGAUCUCCCCUAUAGGGAAAUCUUUAGUUUUUAUGGGGAAAUUUUUAUCCAGCAGCAGAGAAAUGAGAUGGGGAGGGAGGGAAUGUAGAGGAAGGAGAAAGUAGAGAUUGGAGAUCUUUAGAGAGGGGGAGAAGAGAGAUGCCAUCAGUGCUAAGGCAGAGACAGACUCAUCACCAGGACUAUUUGUGCAGAUAUAUUUUUCCAUUCAUGCUCUUCUGGUACGAUAAGUUUUAUCGAUUGAUGUUUCAUUCCUUCAACACUGAAAACCUCGUAAUAAUAUUGAACAGGUGCCUUUGUGGGGGCAUCGCUGGAAGGAAACAUGGUGAUGACGAGGCUGGAGACUAAUGCCCGCUUCUAUGGGGAUGCCUACUUGGCUACUCAUGACAUUCUUUUGGGGAUGGUGGAGAAGCCCAGAGCAGCCGAACCCCUGUACUUGGCUCUUGAUGAUCUCUUCACAAGCCUCUGA